CUCUUGUGGUUUUGAAAUUCUUGAACAACGGCAUGGCAAAGCGCUUUCAGUGGUCGGGCUUCCCUUCGCCCGCGGUUUCUAACGAACCGGCUGUUUACCCUUAAACCCUGAGAUUCCACUGCACAUGAGCUCCACCAGAGGUUAAACCCCAGGAACCAGCCGGCUGAGAGGACGAGAGAGAAGCAAUGAGACAGAGGAACUUACUACUGAUUUUGAGGCAAAACAAAGCCUUGGGUUCCAAGCUUUUAUCCAAUCUGAAUGCUUCGACUCAAACAUCGGAUCAGUACAGGCUUUUCUCUUCCAUUGCAAAGCUUGCUCCUUUAAGCAGACGCUCCAUUACCAGAAGCUUUGUCAAUUAUGGGUUCAGAUCCUUUCAUCAGCUCAAUCACAAGGGUUACAGAUCAUCAAUUAGGAAUUUUUCUAGUGUGGCCUCUACUGUUGCUGAAACCAAGGAGGGAUUGAAACUCCUUGUAACUGCUGGGCCACAUGCUCAGAAAAUGAUUGGGAUAUGGCUUUUCACUUCAGCUGCUUGGGUAUUUAGUAUGGUGGUGCUUGGGGGUAUCACACGCCUGACUCGUUCUGGCCUUUCAAUGACUGACUGGAAAUUCACAGGGAGACUGCCUCCUCUAUCUGAUGAACAGUGGAUUGCUGAAUUUGAGAAAUACAAACAAUCCCCAGAGUUCAAGCGUGUGAACAUGGGGAUGACAAUUGAAGAUUUCAAGUUCAUAUAUUGGAUGGAAUAUGCACAUCGAAUGUGGGGAAGGGCAUUAGGUAUAAUGUUUGCACUUCCUUUCUCAUACUUCCUUCACAAAGGAUACAUUACCAUGCAAUUAGGGCUUCGACUCUCUGGUCUAUUUGCCCUUGGUGCUGGGCAAGGUCUUGUUGGUUGGUGGAUGGUUAGAAGUGGUUUGGAGGAGCCACCAUCUGAGUAUGUUGUGCCAAGAGUGAGCCCUUACCGCCUUGCAGCUCAUCUUACUUCUGCCUUUGUCAUUUAUUGUGGCCUCUUUUGGACCGGUCUCUCUGUUGUUAUGCCCGAACCUCCUGCUGGAUCACUUGCUUGGGUUCACGGGGCCGCAAAAGUAAAGCGACUUGCACUUCCUGUUAGCAUCCUUGUAGGAGUUACCACGAUCUCAGGAGCAUUUGUUGCUGGAAAUGAUGCUGGUCAUGCAUUCAAUACUUUUCCAAAAAUGGGAGACACUUGGAUUCCAGAUGAUGUUUUUAGUAUGAAGCCACUCGUUCGGAACUUUUUUGAAAAUACAGCAACCGUUCAGCUUGAUCAUCGUAUACUUGCCACUGCAACAUUAGCUGCCAUCGGUGGCUUAUGGUGGGCAACAAGGAAACUCGACAUUCACCCUGCAAUACGGUCAUUAAUUGGAAGCACUGUGGGUAUGGCCGCUCUACAGGUUACUUUGGGUGUUUCGACGCUUCUUUCGUAUGUACCUGUUUCACUAGGAACUGCUCAUCAGGCGGGAGCUCUAACGCUUUUAACGCUGAUGAUUCUGCUCAGCCACACUGUGCGCCGCCCUUCUCCAUCGCUUCUCAAGUCAUUGCCUAGGGCGGGCUCCAGACUUGAGGGCGACCAACAACUAUGUUCUCUGCUUCUUAUUUCUUCACUCUUUUGCUCUUAUACUCGACUUCCAGGGUUGGUGGAAGUCACCAUGCGAACCAGAUUUUGAGCUCAGCCUGGGAUUACAAAGAUUGGUUAGUCUCGAUCAGGAGGAAAAUCCAUGAGAACCCAGAACUCAAAUUCGAAGAACACAACACCAGCGCUCUGAUUCGCAGUGAACUAGAUAAACUCCGCAUUUCUUA